AUGUUCAAGAGCGGUCUCGCCCGGACCUUCGGGAGGGCUGCUUUUGCCCGACCCUCCGUCGCCCGUCGCGCUCUUCCCUCCAAGCUCAAUGGCCUCCCUUCCCUGGCCCGCUUCGCCAGCACUGAUUCUUCCGUCGGAAAGAUUCACCAGGUCAUUGGUGCCGUCGUCGACGUGAAGUUCGAGGGUGAGAAGCUCCCUGCCAUUCUCAACGCCAUUGAGACCGAGAACAACGGCCAGAAGCUCGUUCUGGAGGUUUCUCAACACCUGGGUGAGAAUGUCGUCCGUACCAUUGCCAUGGAUGGUACCGAGGGUCUGACCCGUGGUGCUGCCGCCCGCGACACCGGUGCUCCCAUCACCAUCCCCGUCGGCCCUGGCACUCUGGGCCGUAUCCUGAACGUCACUGGUGACCCCAUUGACGAGCGUGGCCCCGUCAAGGCCACCACCUACCUCCCCAUCCACACUGAGGCUCCUCCCUUCACUGAGCAGUCCACCGAGGCCGAGAUUCUGGUUACCGGUAUCAAGGUCGUCGAUCUCCUUGCCCCCUACGCCCGUGGUGGUAAGAUUGGUCUCUUCGGUGGUGCCGGUGUCGGUAAGACCGUGUUCAUUCAGGAGCUGAUUAACAACAUCGCCAAGGCUCACGGUGGUUACUCCGUCUUCUGUGGUGUCGGUGAGCGUACCCGUGAGGGUAACGAUCUGUACCACGAAAUGCAGGAGACCGGUGUCAUUCAGCUCGAUGGUGAAUCCAAGGUGUCUCUGGUCUUCGGUCAGAUGAACGAGCCCCCGGGUGCCCGUGCCCGUGUCGCCCUGACCGGUCUGACCAUUGCCGAGUACUUCCGUGACCAGGAGGGUCAGGAUGUGCUUCUCUUCAUUGACAACAUCUUCCGUUUCACCCAGGCCGGUUCUGAGGUGUCUGCCCUUCUGGGUCGUAUCCCCUCGGCCGUCGGUUACCAGCCCACCCUGGCCGUCGACAUGGGUGGUAUGCAGGAGCGUAUUACCACCACCACCAAGGGUUCCAUUACCUCCGUCCAGGCCGUCUACGUGCCCGCUGACGAUCUGACUGACCCUGCUCCCGCCACCACCUUCGCUCACUUGGACGCCACCACUGUGCUGUCCCGUGGUAUCUCCGAGUUGGGUAUCUACCCUGCCGUCGACCCUCUCGACUCCAAGUCCCGUAUGCUCGACGCCCGUAUUGUCGGCCAGGAGCACUACGACACCGCUACCCGUGUCCAGCAGAUGCUCCAGGAGUACAAGUCCCUCCAGGAUAUCAUUGCCAUUCUGGGUAUGGACGAACUGUCUGAGGCUGACAAGCUCACCGUCGAGCGUGCCCGUAAGCUCCAGCGUUUCCUGAGCCAGCCUUUCACCGUCGCCCAGGUCUUCACUGGUAUCGAGGGUAAGCUCGUUGACCUGAAGGACACCAUCCGUUCCUUCAAGGCUAUCAUCAACGGUGAGGGUGAUGACCUCCCUGAGUGUAAGUUCCAUCCCUCGCUCUCUCUACCUCACUGA